AGCCACACCGACCACGCAUGCGCACGGGGCGCCUGGAAGAUGGCGACUGGCUCCUGCAUGGUGACUCCCAUUCCCGACGGCAGUAAUUAGGCGUAUGAUUGCUGCUGCUACCAGGGGCUGGCGGUGACGGUUUUCGGGGGGAGCGGGGGAGGAUGUGACGUGUUUGUGUUUUCAUCUCAGCACACGGUUUCUCAGGACUUUUCCGGUUAAGACCUGCCGCGGACUAGAGGAAAGGACAGCUGAACUGGACACAGGCAUGUUCAAGCGGUCAAGGACUUCCAGCUGACAGGCAAACCCCGUUGCAGCCUGGAAUGAGAAAUCGAAGUUUUAAUACAUCUCCCGAGGAGAUAUAGUUGUGCAAACCCAUUUUGAUCAAUCGCGUUCAGAAAUCAGAAAUAGACUGCAGCUUUCAUCGCUACCCCCCUCUCCGCAAUCUCUUUCGUCUGACGCUCUUUUGGUUUUGUUUCUGCACACGUGAGCUGCACCUGUUCGCACAUCAUCCGGACAUGGCCAGGUGGAGCGACGGCGAUCAGCAGAGGUGUGACCCGUAGGAAGCGGAGCCGGAGGAGGGACGCCUCUCGGCAGCCUGUCCUGGAGAUGGCAUAUCGCGCCUUGCUGAAGCCCCUGCGCCCCGGCACGCGCGUCGCUUCCCUUUGGGGGGCCAGAGCGCUUUCGGAACGCAAGUUUAAGCCCGAGAAGGUGGCCGUAGUCACCAAAACAACAAGAUAUGAGUUUGAGCUGCAGAGAUACCGAUAUGCGGGACUUUCUGAGGAUGAUUUAAAGCAACUGCUUGCCAUGAAAGGCUCCAGCUACAGUGGGCUGUUGGAAAGGCACAACGUGCACACUGUCCAUGUGGAGCACAUCGUGGACAGCCUGCAGAGGGAAGGCAUACAGGUGCGAGUCCUGCGCAGGCGGGAGUAUGACGAAGAAGCCGUGCGAUGGGCAGACGCCAUCGUGUCGGCUGGAGGUGAUGGUACCAUGCUGUUGGUGGCCAGUAAGGUUUUCGAUAAGGACAAGCCUGUCCUGGGCGUCAACACGGACCCGGAGAGAUCCGAGGGUCAUCUCUGCCUGCCGGUUUGCUACACGCACGCUUUCCCCGAGGCACUGAGGAAACUGCGGAAGGGUGAGUUCAGGUGGCAAUGGCGCGACAGACUCCGUCUGCACCUGGAAGGGACGGGAAUCAACCCAACCCCAGUGGACCUGCAUGAGCAACAGCUGAGCCUCGCUGAGCACAACCAGGCCCAUAGAAUUUCCACCGAGGCCCAACGCCGUAGAGAGGAUGGUGCUGUCUCCUGUCCUUACCUUCUCCCUGUUCGAGGACUCAAUGAAGUCUUUAUUGGGGAAUCUCUCUCUUCCAGAUCUCUCCAUCACAGGGGAAAACCGUUGAAACCUCAUCUCACCCUCUCACUUCAUAGGGCCUCGUACUAUGAGAUCUCCAUAGAUGACGGACCCUGGGAGAAGCAGAAGAGUUCUGGGCUCAGUGUCUGCACCGGCACUGGAUCCAAAGCCUGGUCCUACAAUAUAAACAAGCUCUUUGAGGAGACGGUGAAGGACGUUUUGACCAUUGGCCAAACACAAGCAGGUCUGGAUGUCCCACUAACACAGGAGUUUGUAGAAACGGUCACUAAGGAGUACAAUGAAUCCUUGAUGUUCGGCCCAGAGGAGAACCGGCUGUUCUUCAGCAUCCGAGAGCCCAUCGUGAACAGGGUCUACUCUACUAGCCGGCAAAGGGGUUUUGCCAGUAGGGUGUGUGUGCGGUCGCGAUGCUGGGACGCCUGCAUGGUGGUCGACGGUGGAAUGUCUUUCGAAUUUAACGACGGAGCCAUAGCGACCAUCAGCCUGAAUGAAGAAGACCAGCUCCGCACGAUCCUGCUGAAAGACUGAGCCGCUGUUUGCUGCAGGGCUCCUGCGUGCUGUAGAGGGGGUGGGUGGGGGUCGGGGUUGCCCAUCUGUCUGUGUUGCCUUAGUUUUAGUUGUAUUUAGUUGGGGGAAAUCAGUUCUCAUCUUCUCCUUUUUUGACAGUUCAUUGACUCUGCUUCAGUGGAUUUUUUUCUGUUACUCUCGAUGGAAGCGACCCCAAUGACCAGAUCCAUCAUCUGGGGGUUGGGCUGCUAAAUUGCAAUUAACCUUUUUACCGAGUCAGAAUCCAUUUCUUGUGGCCAAUCCAGGGAGGUUAAGUAAAUGUAUCCCGUGUCCAUGUUGAAGUUCAACGACCUAAAACAACCUACAAAUACUUGGACACUCCUGACCAAGACGUCAUUUCCAGCUGCUCAGGUGAAGUUGGUCUUGUCCUUGGUCCCACCUUGUCGAUCUCAGAGGUGCUGCCUCCAGCCUGGGCCAAGCCGAACCCCAGCCAAUAGUGAACACUCCUACUCCAGCUUGUUGAGGUACAGAUGACUGUUCUAACUCAUUGCCGUAUCAGGACUUGAGUGGAUGUCUUCCAGGUCCCGGAGACCCUUACCUCUCUGGUCUUCUACAGCAUGUGACCAUUUCUGCGUUCACAGCAAAUUAGAGGUCUGCUGUAGAUGAUUCUGGAGAACAUGUUGUGGAGUGAGGAGGAUCUGCUGUGGCUGUGAAGCCACUUGUAUUGUGGGGAGGUGAAAUUCUGUACCAGACAUUGCAAAAUAUAUCAGGGUGGAGGGUAGAUGGUGAAAUGCUCACUUGGGGGGGGGGGGGGGGGGGAGUGUAGUUCCUUUCCUGUCAUUUUUAUAUUUAUGAAGCUUUUGAAAGUUUGCAAUGCCAAAUUGCUGCUGCGAAAUAUCACGAAGCAGGUUAGCAGCACAAUGCGGGUGGACUGUUCAAUCACAAAGUAUUUACUGGGCGGCAUGCAUUUGAAAUGCACUUUAACCUCUAACAGCCAUCCGGGCAGUGUUACCUGCUCCUUGGGGAAAAGGGUGCUAGUUUCUGGAGCAGUGGAAAGAUUUUGAUUAGGGUUUUUGUGUAUGUGCAUGCACACAUGUGCGUGGGGGGCUGGUGUAAAAUGCACUGUAUUGUUUGAGAAGAUCGGAGCUGAAACAUUCAAUACUUUUUCCUGAUGUGACUAUGAUGUCCCUGCUUGUAUGCAAAUAUUUGUGAUUGGUUAAUAAAGAGCAUGAACACA